CUCCGCCCGACCGCCGCCCUCAGCGCGACGGCACGGGCCCAGUUGGGCCCCGGCUCUACCUCCAGCUCUCCCCCAUGCCGGGCCUAGGCCGGGCCGCUCCUACGGCCGCCUUCGUAGCGGAGCCCGGGCAAACGCGGAGUUUAUUAAUAACCCAAGGCCGCCACUCUGGGGCGGCGGAGCGUUCCUCGCAGAGGACGCCACCUCCCCCACCCCACGCCGCGCCCCGCCUGUUCCCGCAGGGGGCCAUGGAGGGGAGGGAGAGAAAGGGGAGGGUGGAGCUCUCGGGAGCCGGGCGCCUUUGCUCGGCCUGACCUUCCGCGCGGAGCGCAUCCCCAGGCGCUCCGUGGCGCAGCUCAUCGGGCUGGGCCUCCGGGCCUCAGUUCAGAGCCAGCCCCAGCAGGGGCGCGGGCCCUGCGGCCGGGGACACUGCCGGCACAUCGCACCCGGGUUCCUUCCUAGUGUCAUCGUGGGCAUAUUUGUUCUUUUUCAAAUUUUUUUCUUUAAAGGUCUCUGGGCUAACAUCGAGUAUUGAAAAUAGCUAUUUGUGAUUUCCGUUUGCUUUCCUUUUGGCCAAAGAACAAAUGUUUUAUAGUGGGACUUUGGUCCACUCUUAACUUUUCCCCUUCCCUUACACGGUUUUAAUACGUGGAAAAGAUUACCACUGCCCACCUAUUUGUUUAGAAUCAAGCUUUGCCUUCACUUUUGAAAUAUCCAAAUCAGCUGGCAUAGUCGGUUGAAAUAGUUAGAAAUAACAAAUUUCAAAUUGCGUUUUAGUUUAGUUCUUAAUUUUUCUAGGAAAGACAUGUUCUGCUGUAGUUGGCGAAAAACUGACAAUUUCUUCAUUCUAAGUAUAUGUUAAAUUCGUUGUGAAGUGUUGAGAUUAUGAAACAUCAGUAAGAAGCAUAAAUUUAAUCUUGACAUUUUGACUUUUUGGAGAUUUAACCAACUCUGCAAAUAUUCUCUUCCCUUUUAUUUUGAAUAGUUUUUAUCUGGGCUUGGUGGCUCUCUAUAAUUCUAACAUUCAGAAAGUCUGAGGCUGGAGGAGUACCCUGAGUUCAAGACUACACUUUAUCGCAUAGUUAUAGCCAGGUAGAAAAUGUUGUUAGCCCAAAUAAAUCGGGAUUCUCAGGGAAUGACAGAAUUUCCUGGAGGAGGAAUGGAGGCUCAGCAUGUUACUCUAUGCCUGACAGAGGCAGUAACCGUGGCAGAUGGUGACAAUUUAGAAAAUAUGGAAGGUGUAAGUUUGCAAGCUGUAACCCUUGCAGAUGGUUCUACUGCUUACAUACAGCACAAUUCUAAAGAUGGCAGACUCAUUGAUGGCCAAGUCAUUCAGUUGGAAGAUGGUUCUGCUGCCUAUGUUCAACAUGUCCCCAUACCUAAAAGUACAGGGGACAGUUUGCGGUUGGAGGAUGGGCAAGCAGUGCAGCUAGAAGAUGGAACCACUGCGUUUAUUCACCACGCUUCUAAAGAUAGUUAUGACCAGAGCUCACUUCAGGCAGUACAAUUGGAAGAUGGCACAACAGCUUACAUUCACCAUGCAGUGCAAGUCCCUCAGUCUGAUACCAUCUUGGCAAUUCAGGCUGAUGGGACAGUGGCAGGACUGCACACUGGGGAUGCCACAAUUGAUCCAGAUACCAUUAGUGCUUUGGAGCAGUAUGCAGCAAAGGUGUCCAUUGAUGGGAGUGAAAGUGUAACAAGUACAGGAUUGAUUGGAGAAAAUGAGCAAGAGAAAAAGAUGCAGAUUGUCUUACAAGGACAUGCUACAAGAGUAACUCCUAAGUCUCAGCAGAGUGGAGAGAAGGCAUUUCGGUGUAAAUAUGACGGAUGUGGAAAACUCUAUACAACAGCUCAUCAUCUUAAGGUCCAUGAGCGCUCGCACACAGGAGACCGGCCUUAUCAGUGUGAACAUUCAGGGUGUGGGAAAGCAUUUGCCACAGGUUAUGGACUAAAAAGUCAUUUCAGAACUCAUACUGGAGAAAAGCCAUAUCGGUGUUCAGAAGAUAAUUGUACAAAAUCUUUCAAAACUUCAGGAGAUCUACAGAAGCACAUCAGAACCCAUACAGGAGAAAGGCCCUUUAAGUGUCCUAUUGAAGGCUGUGGUCGGUCCUUUACAACAUCGAAUAUCAGAAAAGUGCACAUUAGGACACACACAGGAGAAAGACCUUACUACUGCACAGAACCAGGAUGUGGGAGGGCAUUUGCCAGCGCAACUAAUUAUAAAAACCAUGUGAGGAUACACACAGGAGAAAAGCCAUAUGUCUGUACAGUUCCUGGUUGUGACAAAAGGUUUACAGAAUAUUCCAGUUUGUAUAAACACCAUGUGGUUCAUACUCACUCUAAACCAUACAACUGUAACCACUGUGGGAAGACAUACAAACAGAUCUCCACACUGGCUAUGCACAAGCGGACGGCUCAUAACGACACAGAGCCCAUUGAGGAGGAGCAGGAAGCCUUCUUCGAGCCUCCCCCAGGUCAAGGUGAUGAUGUUCUUAAAGGGUCCCAGAUCACAUAUGUUACAGGUGUAGAAGGAGAGGACAUUGUAUCUACACAAGUAGCCACAGUGACCCAGUCUGGGUUGAGUCAGCAAGUUACACUUAUAUCCCAGGAUGGGACUCAACAUGUCAACAUAUCUCAAGCUGACAUGCAGGCCAUUGGCAACACCAUCACCAUGGUAACACAGGAUGGCACACCCAUCACGGUCCCCACUCAUGAUGCAGUCAUCUCCUCAGCAGGAGCACACUCUGUUGCUAUGGUCACCGCUGAGGGCACAGAAGGACAGCAGGUUGCAAUUGUGGCUCAAGACCUGGCAGCAUUCCACACAGCCUCUUCGGAAAUGGGACACCAACAACAUAGCCAUCAUUUAGUAACUACAGAAACCAGACCUCUGACCUUAGUGGCAACAUCCAAUGGCACCCAGAUUGCAGUUCAGCUUGGAGAGCAGCCAUCUCUGGAAGAAGCUAUCAGGAUAGCAUCUAGGAUCCAACAAGGAGAAACACCAGGGUUGGAUGAUUAAUGCUCAGAACCACAGAGCAAUAAAACAGGAGGAAGGAGCCUUUCAUCUUCUGACUGCAGAAAUCCCUGAGGCCCUGCCCUGCAGAGCAGAAGUUCCAUUCCUGAAGCACUGUACACGUUUUUAUGCAAGAGUGGAGAACACUUUCUUCUUGACACUUUUGUGUGCAUAGCCCCUGGAAUAAAUUCCCAAAGUGAUUCAUUGUGUACAAGGAAGUAUGAAAUUAGGGCACUACAGCAAUUCUUCAUGCUACUCUAUCACACAGCCGACUUCUGGAAUCCACCCACAGGACUAUCCCAGUCUAUACAGAGUCAAGAUGAGAUUUUAACUUACUGUGAAAAACAAAGUAAAGGCUGUCUCUAACGUGCCGACGGCUCUCCAUGUCAAACAGUCAUAACUUCAAAGCCAUCACAGAAAAUAAAGGAUGCAAGCCUUCAGGUGUCCCUCAAGUUAAGUGUCUGGAGUUUUUGUCCCACUACACACCCAUUGUUAUUUGUAUUUCAAGGAUUGAAGACCUCAUUUGUAGUGUCCCAUCCCUGUUAUAUAACAUGUCUUCAAACUAAAAUGCCUACUAUUUUAGCAUUACAUUGGAUUGUGUAUAAAAUUUGAAAGUUUGGUUAUUUUAAAGUAAAACACUAAAUUCAGUGUUUGCAGCCUGGUGAGGCAUGGUAGCCUGUGCCUGUAAUCCCUGUGUUGAGGAAGCUGAGGGAGAGGGAGUACCAUAACUGAGACUGGCCUUCACUGUGUAGUGAAUUCCAGGUCAUUCCUGACUACAGAGUAAAUACUUCCUCAAAAAACAAAAGAAUAUCCAGUGUUUGGGUUGUUAAAAAUUCUACUCAACCUUCUGAUUUUUUGCUACUGUUUUUUUAUGAUAAUCAACUAUGAGAAUUUCCCAGAGGUCCAGUUUAGGCUUAUAGUCCUAUGGUUGGAAAUGGAUUUACUCUAAAAUCUGGGUUAGUGAGUUGUGUAAAUUAUUUAUUUUUGCUCUUAAGCUUUUGUUUUAAAGCUUAUUUACCUUAAAGUUUAUUAUUAAUUUUGAAUACAGCCGUUUUUAAAACAA